GCAUGAUACUGCCAGGUACAUUUACUACUUAAUCUCGUUUGUCAAAUCGUAUUCCCUCGUCUUAGAGAGAAUUUCGUCGAGGACUUUCCUGCUAAUCUCCUGCAACUGCCCUCGUUCGCACACAGAUGGGCAUCGUUCAUUCCUCCAGUGCGACCAACUUCGGUGCACUGCAUCCUUCCGCUCAGCCGAUCCCCCCACUCCUUAUCCCAGACUUAACUAGGCUCAUCACCCGAUGCUACCAAUACCCGGUUUCCGGUGGCGCAUACGGUGAUAUCUACAAAUGUGUAUACCACGGACCAGAUGGCGAUGUAGAGGUCGCCGUCAAAGCAAUCCGACCAUUCUUCAGUGCUGAGGUGCUCCGGAGAGAACUUGGGAUCUGGAAGAGGUUGCGACAUUCUAAUAUCUUAAAGUUCAUGGGUACUACCCAAGACUUUGGCCCGUCUGAGGCUUUGGUCGCUCCGUGGUUAGUCAACGGCAAUCUUACGUCGUUCCUCAACGAGAACGAAACUCUUGGGCUGCAUGACCGUCUGCUUCUGCUUCGUGGUAUCGCCGCUGGCCUCCACUAUCUUCAUACGUUCAGCAUCAAAGUCGAUGGGAACACGUCCCUGAAUGCAGUCGUUCACGGAGACCUCACUGGUAACAAUGUCCUCAUCGGCAGGGAUAGAACCCCAUACCUUGCAGAUUUUGGCCUCUCGGGAACUCUGACACAAUUGCCCGGGAUGACGUACCUUGCGAUGAUGAGCUGUCACCCAGGAGCAUUGAGGUGGUCAGCUCCUGAACUUUUUUCUGCGGAAGAAUCAGCCUCCUCGGUUACCACUCAAAGUGACAUUUACUCGUUUGGUAGCAUCAUGCUUCAAGUUUUGACGGGAAAUUUGCCCUGGUCACACUUAACCCGAGAAUUCCAGAUGUACCAAGUGAUUAUGAAGCAGAAAAAACAUCCUCGUCCGGCCAAUGAUCAUAUUACUGAUGGGCGCUGGAAUUUUAUGACCUCCUGCUGGUCGAAGACGGUAAUAAAUCGCCCCUCUGCUGAAGAAGCACUUCAGUUCAUUGAUGGCGAGCUCGUUUUGUACGAUCGUAGCGACGUCGACGGUGGAUAGCACCCUGCCACCUUGAUUCUCGUUCCUGGAUAUACGCCCCAGUCAUUGGCCCAGUAGUCCACCUACCAUCUGUUUGUGGAUGUUGCGCACUUGGCUGACAUUACUAAUUAUUUACAUAAUAUACAGCACAGCAACCAGACAUACAGCAGCGGCACCUUGAGGAAUACCACCGCAAUCCUCAGGAGUGCCAAAAGCGGUUGGGAGGUUCUUCAACAUUCAAUGGGGCUCAUGCCGGACAGCAAAAUGCUUGAAAUGUAGGUGACCG